GAGAAUUUUAUUUUAGUCGCGAAUGAAGAAAUCGCCUCUCUCUUCACCCAAUUCCCAGCAUGGAAACCAGGAAAAGAAGUCUCGUUUAUACCAAUUUAUAAGGAAACUCGCCAUAAGUUGCACAGCUUUUGGGUCCGAACCAGAAAGGGAUGCCCCAGAACCAGAGCAAUCUUAUGGAAACAAGAACUCGAAUCUGGAGCAAUCUUAUGGAAACAAGAACUCGAAUCAGAUUCAUAGCAACUCAUCUGGGUUUUCCUUAGGAAGCAAAAAUAAAGGAUCUUCAGGGCAGCCAGAUUCAUUUAAUUCGUCGGGAUCAGUAAGCGGAGAGGUCUAUGGCUCAUUGAAUUUUACUCUUCAUGAUAUCAAGAAAGCUACAAAGAAUUUCUCUCAGAAUAAUGUUAUCGGAGAUGGCGGUUUUGGGACAGUGUACAAGGGACAGCUGAAAGAUGGAACUGUUGUUGCCAUAAAACGUGCCAAAAAGGAUGUGUAUAAUAUGCGCACAGCACAAGAAUUCAAGAGUGAAGUCCUAGCCUACUCGAAGAUAGAACACCUAAAUUUGGUGAAGUUCUUUGGAUAUCUAGAGCACCCGGAUGAAAAAUUAAUUGUGGUUGAGUAUGUCGGUAAUGGAACUCUCUUCGACCUUUUACAUGGUAAUCGGGGACUAGUGCUUGAGCUUCCUGAAAGACUGGAUAUUGCUAUUGAUGUAGCUCAUGCAAUCACAUAUUUACACAGUUAUAACGAUCCUCCAAUUAUCCACAGAGAUAUAAAAGCAUCUAACAUUCUCAUCACGGAGAAAUUUCGAGCUAAAGUAGCAGAUUUUGGGCUUGCUCGAUUUGUCCCAGAGGGUGCAGAUGUAACCCACAUAUCUACUCAGAUCAAAGGGACUGCUGGAUACUUGGAUCCUGAAUAUAUGAAGUCUUAUCAGUUGACUGAAAAAAGUGAUGUCUACUCUUUUGGUGUAUUGCUUGUUGAACUCGCGACAGGAAGACACCCAAUUGAACCAUUGAAAGGGGUCAAAGAGAGAUCUACCACAAGAUGGGCAAUGAGCAAGCUAAGAGAUGGUAUGCCAGUGCUGGCAAUGGAUCCUAAGCUGAACAGAAGUCCGACAUCCAUCAAGGUAAUCGAAAACAUUCUAGAAGUUGCCAAGAAAUGCACUGGGCCAAUUAGGCAGUCUAGACCAUCCAUGAAGGAUUGCGUUGAGGCGUUAUGGGCUAUUAGAAAAGAAUUUAAAGAGCGAAAUCAGUUGAACUACUCUGCUUCUCAUAGAUCCGUCGAUAUACUUGAAAAGGAUGCAAGAAAGAUACGCCAAGAAUCAUUGGGGAUUGUAGGAGAGAGCUACUCUUUUAUGUCUGCAUAGUCAAAUUGUAAAGGGUGUUAUGUAAAUUCUUGAGUUCUCUCUAUAUCUAGUAUAGUCCUAUCCUUUACCAUUAUUUGCAGCAUGCAGAAGGUCAAAUGUUAAUUUAGAAAAUUUUGUUGUAUAGAUGAUUGAUUGGAAAUGUAAUUUGUGAUUUUUGUUACAAUGAUUGCUGGCUUCCUGUAGUUCUAUUUUAAUUGGUUAAUCACUUACAGCCUCAUUUGGCUUGAAGGAUCAUAUAUUUUUACUCUGAUA